GGUCUCCGCCUCCGUGACGUCCCGGGAAGCACCGCCCACAGCUGCCCGGGACUCCAGUGAUCGCCGCGGCUCGCUCGCGCCCCGGAAACUGCCCCUUCUCGGGGGUCAUGAUGGGCAGCAAGAUGGCGUCUGCUAGUAGGGUCGUUCAGGUAGUCAAACCACACACUCCAUUAAUAAGGUUUCCUGACAGAAGAGACAAUCCUAAACCCAAUGUAUCAGAAGCUUUGAGAUCAGCAGGGCUACCAUCUCACUCUUCUGUAAUUUCACAACAUUCUAAAGGAAGUAAAUCACCAGAUUUGCUGAUGUAUCAGGGUCCACCAGACACUGCAGAAAUAAUAAAAACAUUACCUCAGAAAUACAGAAGGAAACUUGUGUCUCAAGAAGAAAUGGAAUUUAUCCAACGUGGAGGUCCUGAAUAACCAUGGUGGCUGCUGUUUGUCAUCAGACAAUAGAAUUGUCUUUACAAUAAAGGACUUCCAAAAUGACAGAUGAGAAACUGUAUAUUAAACACCUUUAAUAAAUAUUAUGAAAAAAAUGAAAUAUAGAAAAUUUAGAUGGACACUUGUAUUUCCUAAUUUAUGUAUCUUGGUCAGCUUCUCCACAAGCUUACCUAAUUGUUUAUAUACUUUAUACUUAUUAAAGUAUACAUUUUUAAAUGUUA